CUGAAAGACCUUUAGUGAGGCUCACACACAGGCAGGAACUCAACUCUUAAAUUCGCGGUGAACGAUGUGUUCGGCUAUUCGUGCUGCCUUUCUCUGCUCGCAGUUCUCUCGGAAAACCACGUCUGUAUUUUCACCUCAUUUGAGAAAAAUGGUGCAUUACCAAACAGAGCCGAGAGGACGAGCAAACUCUCCUGACUACAGGAUUUACUUCAAAUCUUCAGAUGGAAAGUGUAUCUCUCCUUUCCAUGACAUUCCUCUGUAUGCUGCUGACCAGCAGCAGGAAUCUGAUGUUCCACCAAAGAAAAUCAAAACGAAUGAGAUUCUGUUUAAUAUGGUCGUAGAAGUGCCUCGUUGGUCAAAUGCAAAGAUGGAGAUAGCAACAAAGGAGCCUUUAAACCCAAUCAAGCAAGAUGUGAAGAACGGCAAGCUGAGAUAUGUUGCUAACAUUUUUCCACACAAAGGAUACAUUUGGAACUAUGGUGCACUUCCACAGACAUGGGAAGAUCCCAGCCACACUGACCAGGAAACCAAAUGUUGUGGAGAUAAUGACCCCAUAGACGUGUGUGAGAUCGGCUCCAAGGUGUGUGCAACAGGGCAGGUGAUUCAGGUUAAAGUUCUGGGAAUUCUGGCUUUGAUCGAUGAAGGAGAGACGGACUGGAAGGUAAUAGCCAUCAACAUCGAGGACCCCGAUGCUUCGAGCCUCAACAGUAUUGAGGAUGUGAGAAAGAUGAAGCCUGGUCAUCUUGAGGCUACCGUGGAUUGGUUUAAAACAUAUAAAGUGCCGGAUGGGAAGCCUGAGAACCGGUUGGCCUUCGGUGGACAGUUUAAGGAUAAGGACUUUGCUGUAGAAGUCAUAAAAGCAACACACAGCUUCUGGAAAGCAUUAGUGUUGAGAAAAAAGAUGAAAGGUGAAGAAAUUAUUUGUCAGAACUCGUCUUUGUGUGACAGUCCAUUCAGAUGCAGCGAUGCAGAGGCCCACGCUGUACUGCAAGCUGCUCCAGAAUACGGGGAACCCCUCCCAGUGUCUUCUGAAGUGGAAAAAUGGCACUUCAUCACAAAGUAAAAGAGCGUUCACUCUUUGCAGUUUGAUCUCAAAAGAAGGUGUUCAGUAUGUCCUGGUACAGAGAUUUGUUUCGUUGCUGCUUUAUU